AUGGAAAAUUGGGGAUUGAUAACAGUCAGGCAAGCGGAAGCACUUUUUAUGGAGAAAAAAUUUCCGAUUUUGCAAAAACAUCAGACACAAGAAGUUAUUGCGCACGAAGUUGCACAUCAGGUGAAAAAUUGAAUUUUAUCGUUGUGAGGAAACGGAGUUAAUUGUGUUAUAACGUGACAAUUUUUGACAGUGUUGUUUUUCCGAAUAGUUAGAAUAGUGUAGAUCAAUCCUAUAGUUCUUUUCAAAUUUCAAAAUAAUAGAACACUUUAAAAAUCCUGAAAUCUUUCAGUGGUUUGGUAAUUUGGUGACAAUGAAAUGGUGGAAUAAUUUAUGGUUAAACGAAGGAUUUGCGACUAUGAUUGGUGUCAAAGCUAUUGAUUUUUUGGCAAAUACAACAACUCAAUAUGUAACAUUUUUCUAUUUUUCCAAAAUUUUUUUCCUGAAUUAAUGAUACAUUUUCAGUCUGAAAUGUCUCCAGAAUAUAUGUGUCUUUCACUUCGACAAGAUCAAAAAUUGAAUUCAAUCGCAGUUUCUCACGAAAGAAAUGAUUCAAACGGUUUUUUGGAUUCAAACAGUCGAAUUAUUGUUUAUAAAAAAGCUGCGAUUAUAAUUCGAAUGAUUGAAAGAUUAGUUGAAGAGGAUGUAUUUCAAGAAGGACUUCAUCGAUUUUUAGACAAACAUCGAUAUUCGAAUGCUGAUCAUAUGGAUUUAUUCGAUGAAUUGACACAGUACGAAUUACAACUUUCAGGAUUAAAAUUGAAUAAUAUUUUUCAGUGUUCAUAGUUCAUCAUCCGGUGGUCAUUUGAGUGGUCAAGUUUUUUCAUUGAAUGAUGUUAUGGAUACUUGGCUUCGUCAGCCAUCAUUUCCGGUGGUUCAUGUGAGACGAGAAAACUCGAGUCAUUUGGUUUUGAAUCAGCAGAGAUAUAAUGUAAGAAAAUUUAUACAGAAUAGUUCAUUUUUGAAAAAUGUUGGAAAUUUUACAUGUUCCUAAAAUUUGGUGGAAACUGACUCGAAUUAAAUUCCAGCACAAUCCAAGAAUACGAAGUGAUCGCGAAAAUUUCACAUGGAUAAUUCCAAUUUUCCACGAUGAUCCAAUAACUCAAAAACACAAAGUAGUCUGGAUUGUUGAUAAAAAUGAAAUAUUAUUCAAUAACACUGGUCAAGUUGUUGUUGAUCCACAUCAAUUAACAUAUAUGCGAUUGAAUUAUAGCGAUGAAAUAUAUUCAGAAAUUACACAACAAUUAUCAUUGGAUCACACAAAAAUACCAAUUAAUUCGCGAAGUCGAUUAA